AUGGUUAAUGUUCCUAAGGUAGAAGUUUCUAAGGAUGAUGUUCCUAUGGAGCAGAUUCCAAAUUCAGAUUCCGGGUUUAGGAUUUUCCUAAGGAUGAUGUUCCUAAGGGAAGAUUUUCCUAAGGAUGAUGUUCCUAAGGAAGGUGUUUCUAAGGAACAGGUUCCAUGUUCGGAUUCCGGGUUUAGGGUGUAG